GCCUACGGGUGCGUUUUCUCGAUCAGCCGCACAGUCCGACGACUUCAGUUGGGAAGUUGUCACCCACCGUUGUGGUGCUGUUAUUCCGGACAUAUUUCCGCACCUGUACAUAUGUGCCUAUCUAUCUACCCACCUACAUUUAUUAACAUUUGUUUGCUACCUUCCUUUGUGGUAGUGCACGAUUUAGUUGUUACUGAUCAGUGAUCACUUUUACGCGUGACGAUCGUUGGUGCGAUUUUUAGUUUGUCACAAGAUUUCGCGUAGUAAAAAUCGUAAUUAGUUCAGCUGUUGUCGAACGCUGGACAAGGCGCGGAUUUUCAAUUUAACAGAUUAAAAAUGAAAGUGUUUUUAGUGUUGGCUGUGCUAUAUAUGCUUUACCAAGUAACUGCCGGCUCUCGCUUUGGCUACUCGGAACCGAAUCAACGUCGUUGGGCACGGCACCAUGGCCACUGUGCUGGCAAGACGCAGUCACCAAUCGCUGUACAUUCGUCUAAAGCUAUUCCAUUGAAUAUGCCAGCCAUCGAUAUGAUUGGCUAUCACAAUUUGUUGCCGAAUCCUCUUGUUAUGGUCAACAAUGGACAUACGGUCGCUAUCAAUAUACCCAAGCUCAGUGAGGAGGCGAAGUCAAAUGGCGAUUUUAUGCCAUACGUGCGUGGCGCUAAGCUACCUGGCGAUUUCGAAGUCGAGAGUGUACACUUCCAUUGGGGCGAUAAGAACAAUCGUGGCGCUGAGCAUGUGAUCAACGACAUCCGUUAUACAAUGGAAAUGCAUAUUGUGCAUCGCAAUAAGAAAUAUCCAACACUUGGUGAUGCGCUGGAAUUUGCCGAUGGUGCUGCUGUGCUGGGAUUCUUUUUCAAUUUAGAUGAGGAUGAAGGUGCAGGAUUAACAACAAUAUGUCGUCAUUUGCAUUUGAUACCGGAAGCGAAUGAUGCUGUCAAUUUAACAGUUACUUUUUCUCUCGCAUCCUUGAUUGCUAAUGUGGAUGUGGAUAAAUUCUAUACUUACAAAGGUUCACUCACAACGCCCCCCUGCUCGGAGGCCAUCACAUGGGUGCUCUAUCCCGAUCCCAUACCCAUCUCACCCAAACAGAUUGCACGCUUCCGCCAGCUGCAAGAUACACAGGAUGGUGCGUUGGUGGAUAAUUAUCGGCAGUUGCAGCCGGUGGGUAAUCGUCGAGUUUUUAUGCGUAAUGGCAAUACGAGGCAUACGCAUGUACAAGCUUUGAAGCAGGAAUUGGACUAUAAGAAAUGGGAUUGGUAUAAUUGAUUGGUCAUAAGCAAAUUAUUUGGAUAGCGUACUCGUUCCACAUUAAGCGGCCAUUUGUUUUUGUAAUCGAUUCUUAGUUAAUUAAAUGUUUAAUUUAUUAUUUGUGUACUUAAUUGCGCUGUUGUAAUUUUAGUAUGCUUAGAAUGUGCAUUUAACCACUUUGUAUAUAUGUAUGUAUGUAUGUAAGUAGUUGCAUGUAAAGUUUUAUAAUUCUAAAUAAACAUACAUAUACGACUGAAAUGCUCAUAAGUAUUCACAUUUGUGUU